CUAAAGCAGUUGGUCUUGUCGCGUUCCAAACGCUGAACAGUCACGGUUUUCACCCAAAUAAACGAGUGAACUUAAUAUAUGAGCGAAUUAUUUGCGUUUCCUCGCGUCGAGUGUCGCCUCGGCGCGUGCUUACAUGGCUCUGAGGGGCGGAAGCUACUCGCGGCGGCCAUUUUAGAGCUAGUUAGCUGUAACAACCACUGGUGCACAAGAUGCCCACCGUCGUACUUUACCGACGCUGUUGUGUCAGCCUUUAUAUAACUUGACACCACCCGAAAGGCAGGACUCAUCCUGACUCGAAACCGGCCGAGCCUGAACCGAGCAACUCUUCAAGAUUCUUUGCAAGAAAGCGGUGCUCUUUGAGCAACGCUAAGUUUCACUUAAACGGAAAAACGGAAGUCGUCAGGCUGGAGUGCGUCCUGAUGGCCGAGUCAGAGACUGACUGUGACACACCAGGUCUCGAUACGUUGGGAUCUGAGUGUGUCAUAGCCCAUACGCAAGUCGGUGACUUGCAUUAUGGGGCAGAAACUGAGAUUAUGACUCAAGAGGACAAACGACUUGACUUGGAAGCUAUUCAUGGCGAUUUAGGAGCGGUUACGUGCGUGGACGUGGUAACGGAGACGGACCACGACUACAUUAAAUCCGAAAUACACCACGAUCACCAUCAGUACUUCAGCACUGCUGAAAUUAAAGGCGAGCAUUUGCUCGGCGAGGUGCUGUUGAAGACCGAGAUCGGUGGAGAUCAUAUCGUAAAGGUGGAGUCGGACCAUGGAGGAGAGCUUACGGUGGAGUCGGAGAACGGCAUUAUUAUUCACGAAGCCCAGGGCCUGCAGUGCAGUGAAUGCGGUGAGAUUUUUGGGAGCAUGACUGAUCUCCACGAACAUUUCGAAAUCCAUAAAGCCACCCACCCAUACAUUUGCGUCCACUGCGGGGAGAGCUUUGCUAUUGAGGCAAGCCUCAGAAGUCACAUGAAGAUCCACAUGAAACUUGAUAAAAGUUAUACCACUGGUCUUGAGAUGGUCGGUAAGGGUGUCAUCGAUGCAUUCAGCUUGAAACCACACCAGAUGAUGCACUCUCCCGAAAAGCCACACAGAUGCUCGGAGUGCGGUAAAAGCUUCGCGGCUGCCAUCACUCUCCGAGAGCACAUGAAAAUGCAUUCUGAGGACAAACCCUACAAAUGCACCCAGUGUAGAAAAAGCUUCAUGCGCAGACGCCACCUUAAGAAACAUCAAGAGAUGCAUGCCCGCGACAAGCCGUUUACCUGCGUUCAGUGCGGGAAAGGUUUUGCCACAGCUUCGAAUCUCAAACAGCACCAGAAGACCCACGUCGGCGACAAGCCAAACAGAUGCGCCCAGUGCGGUAAAUGUUUCGCGUCUGCGUCCACGUUACGAGAGCAUAUGAGAAUUCACUCAGGAGAGAAGCCCUACAAGUGCAACCAAUGUAGGAAGAGCUUCGUAAGAAAACGCCAUCUCAAAAAGCACCAGCUGGUUCACCAGGGUGGAAAGCCCUACCGGUGCUCUCAAUGCGACAAGGGUUUCAACCAUUCCUCUUCCUUGUCAAGACAUCACAAGGUCCAUCUGGAGGCAAAGAUGUAUGCUCAGGGUGAUAAGGAUUUCCCCUUCGAUGCUCAAAUAAAGAGAGAAAUGCAUGCAGGUGAAAAGCCAUACAGCUGCAACCAUUGUGAGAAGAGCUUCAAUCACUCCUCAUCGUUGUCCAGACACCAGAGAACUCAUUCGGAUGGCAAGUCGUACACCUGCGCUCAAUGCGGGAAGCGGUUCAAUCAUUCUUCCUCUCUUGCGAGGCACCAACGGGUUCAUUUGGAGAAGACUACGUAUAGUGCAAUGUCACCAGGAAAGGGAUUCCCUCACACUACCAUCUUGAAACAGAGAAUCCUUCAGAGUGAAAAACCAUACAGGUGCGCUCAGUGCGGAAAGGGUUUCAAUCAUUCAUCCUCUCUGUCGAGGCAUCACCGAAUUCAUCUUACUCAGUAAAAUCUUAUCCCUUUCCAUGUGUGAUGUUUUAGUGCUUAUAGCAUCCUUGAUUCAAGAGAGCAUGAUGAUGAUGAUGAUGAUGAUAAAGGGUAUGGUAAAAGAUGCAAGAAAAUGCAAACGGACUGGCUCUAAAUGAACUCUUUAUUCUGAAUUUGUCCUUUUAACUUUUCAAGAGCAAUGAUUGACACUGAAAACAUGGAGAAACCCCAUUUGUACAGAUUGACUCGAUACACCAGAAUGUUCCAAAAUGAAAAAUGUAUGAUUAAAACCGUAGACGAAA